AUGAACCAGAUAUUACGUUUUCGUCCGGUAAUUUCUUUACUAAGCCGUGCAUCAAUUCGUCCUUUUCAUUUAUCGUCUACACGAUCAAUCGAAUGGGCUGAUAUUGACGAAUAUACGAACAAAGUAAACAGUUCGGUUUUUAUAACAACUGAUGUUUACGAAAAAGACGAUGAAUGGAUUCAAUAUGAGGCUCGCCGAAAUGAACGACUAAGAAAAAGACGCGAAGAAUUUCUUCUUGGUCCGCCGAAAACUAAAUCUGUUGUAUCGAGUGAUCGAAAUUCGACGACAUGUCCAUCAGCAAAAUUCAAUCGAAAGGAACCCGAUGUAAAGUACGAUCUAGACGAUGAUCGACCUAAACAGAUGAAUGAUCCAUAUUUACCACCGCCACAUAAAUGCAUCUUUUGUGAGCAUAAUCUGAAGAUUGACUUUCGGAAUACUGAAUUACUUAGUCAAUUCAUAUCUCCUCAAACUGGUUUUGUUUUUAACCAACGUACAACUGGUUUAUGUUAUUUCAAACAAGUAGAAUUGGAAAAGGCUAUUCUCAAAGCUCGCCGUUUCCAUCUAAUGCCAUACAAAUGGAAAGAAACUGUCUAUUUAGAUGAUCCACGUUUGUUUAAUCCUUACGAGGACAACAUGAAGAAAGUGAUCAGUAGCGAAAAAGAAAAAUACGGACAUUAA